AUGAAGAAGUUGAUAAGGAGGCUAUCUAGAGUGGCUGAUUCUUCGCAGUAUUGUCUUUUGCGGCCGGAAUCCAGGGCGGCGAGGACUCGUCGAUUGGAAUCUUUCCGAAAGAAGUCCGGCGGAGUGCCCCAGGGUCACCUGCCGGUCUACGUCGGUGAGGAAAUGGAACGAUUUGUAGUGAGCGCUGAGCUCUUGAAUCACCCGAUCUUUGUAAACCUACUCAACAAAUCGGCGCAAGAGUACGGCUACCAGCAGAAAGGCGUGCUCCGGAUUCCCUGCCAUGUGUUCCUCUUUGAACGGGUGCUGGAGGCUCUUCGAAUCGGCGGCGAGUCGCUUGAACUCCCGGACCUCCUCAACUCCCUCUCCGACGAGUUUUCGAACAGUCGGGGAGAUAAUUAG